AUGGGACUCUUAUAUACAAAAGCAGGCAGUCUCGAAACCUUUAGUGACGCUGACUAUGCAGGCGACAAAGAAGCAAGAAAGUCGACAUCAGGCGUUGUAUGUAAGUAUGCGAAUGCGGCCAUCACAUGGCAAUGCUAUGGUAAUACAGAGAAAGUCGAAUUGAGUUCUCUUUUAGAAUCAGAAGGUUUGCAAAGUCAAAUAGCACAACAAAAGAAAGCUUUGGAAGAGAAAUUCAAUGAAGAGAACGAUGAGACUUCAAAUGCGUAUAAACAUCACUUCAUACCGGGACCAUCUUUCAAUUCGAUGACUGAUAUAAUGCCACCUGCAUCUCCUUUACCACCACAAUUAAUGGCCAAAUUAUCAGAUAAUGAUACAGACGCACUUUCAAGCAUGUUGAUGUCAUGGUAUAUUAGUGGUUACAUGGUAUAUUACACAGGUUAUUAUCAUGGUUUGAAACAAGCAAGAAACAAUCAAGAGAACAGGAAGAACUGUUGA